UAAUCUUCUAUCUAAAUCAAAAGAAAAAAACUUAAAAAGAUGGAGAUGACGAAAAAGAGUAUGAUGAUGAUAGUGAUCGUGAUGGUGAUGGCCUCCAUAACCAUAAGAGAAGGAGAAGCAGUAAGAUUAAGAUGGACAUGCAAACAAAUGUGCAUCGACCAAUGUGGUGGCCGCAUCACUGUCCCUGAAUCACCUUGUCUCCGUAAAUGUCUCCACGAGAAGUGUGGCUCUCCACCUCAUUUGCCGGUGAAGACUGUAGGAAUGAGAAACAUUAGAGGGUAGAUCGGCAAAUGUUCUAAUGUAUUAGUAUUUUAAUGUUGUGUAUGAAAAAAAUCCACCAAUAAUUAAGAUUAAUGAAAAGUCCCUUUCUUUAGA